GGCACAGCAUGAACCAAGAGGACUGGAAUGUGGAGCUGGGGGAUGAGCCAUCAGGAAUUCCUCCACCACUUGAGCAGGCUAGCUUCUCUGGAAGACCAAAUGGCUCCUCGUCUGACUUCAGGCCAAGUGUGGGCUCAUUCGCUACCGAUGAAUGUCUGAACACAGAGUGUCAACCGAUGCGUAGAUUUGGUAGCGGAAGGAAUUUUGGAAACAGAGGUUUUCAAGAAAGGAACAUAGAAGAUUCUAGUACACAAAAAAGAGGUUUUAGAGGAUUUCCCGGUGGCUUUGGACGUAGUGAGAGUAUUAAAGAUGAGCAGAGAGACAGAUCUCAGUCUAGCGUUUUUCUUGGCUCUAGAGGAAGAGGAGCAUUUAGAGGUCAUGCAGCAGCUCACAGAGAAUGCAAUGAAGAAAUAGAAUCUGAAAGAGGUCCAAAGGUGACUUACGUGCCGCCUCCUCCACCUGAUGAUGAACAAGCCAUCUUUGCACGUUAUCAGACAGGAAUUAAUUUUGACAAGUAUGAUGAAAACAUUGUCGAAGUGUCAGGACUUGACCCUCCAGCACCAUUACUGGCUUUUGAAGAAGCUAACCUCUGUCAGACUUUAAACAUGAACAUUGCUAAAGCUGGAUACUGUAAACUUACUCCAGUGCAGAAGUACAGCAUUCCUGUUAUACUGGCAGGACGGGAUUUAAUGGCAUGUGCCCAGACAGGAUCGGGAAAAACUGCAGCUUUUCUUUUACCAAUUGUGGCCCACAUGAUGAGAGAUGGUGUAACUGCCAGUAGCUUUAAAGAGCAGCAAGAACCAGAAUGUAUUAUUGUUGCCCCAACUAGAGAACUGAUAAAUCAGAUCUUCCUAGAAGCAAGGAAAUUUGUCUAUGGAACUUGUGUAAGGCCUGUUGUGAUCUAUGGAGGUACACAAACAGGCCAUUCAAUUCGUCAGGUAAUGCAAGGCUGUAAUAUACUAUGUGCCACUCCAGGAAGGCUUCUAGACAUCAUUGGAAAAGAGAAGAUUGGUUUGCAUAAUGUGAAAUAUUUGGUGCUAGAUGAAGCAGACCGCAUGCUUGAUAUGGGUUUUGGUUUAGAUAUGAAGAAGCUGAUUUCUCACCCAAGCAUGCCACCAAAAGACAAACGUCAAACACUAAUGUUUAGCGCCACUUUUCCCGAAGAAGUUCGGAGGCUGGCUGGCGAAUUUUUGAAAACUGAUUAUUUAUUUGUUGUUGUUGGACACGUGGGUGGAGCUUGUAGUGAUGUUCAUCAAAGUAUUCUUCAGGUUCCUCAGUAUUCCAAGAGGGAUAAGCUGAUAGAAAUUCUACAAACAAUAGAUCAUGAACGAACCAUGGUGUUUGUAGACACAAAGAAAAAAGCAGACUACAUUGCAGCCUUUCUUUGUCAAGAAAAAAUACCAGCCACUAGCAUCCAUGGAGAUAGAGAACAGAGAGAGAGAGAAGUAGCUCUUCGGGAUUUUCGUUCUGGAAAAUGUCCAGUUCUUGUGGCAACCUCUGUGGCAGCAAGAGGUCUGGAUAUUGAAAACGUUCAACAUGUUAUUAAUUUUGAUCUUCCUCCCACCAUUGAAGAGUAUGUACAUCGAAUUGGACGAACUGGUCGUUGUGGAAAUACAGGCAAAGCAGUUUGCUUCUUUGAUAACAGUUCAGAUGGCCAUCUUGCACAAUCUCUGGUUAAAGUGCUUUCAGAUGCCCACCAGGAAGUUCCUGUUUGGUUGGAAGAAAUUGCUUUUGGUUUUCAAGGAGAACAGGUCUUUACAUCAGUUAAUACCCAAAAGAAUUACAGAGGCAGAGGCACCACGAACACAGGAGGAAUGAAGAUGUCGUAUUCUGCAAGUGCGUUUGAGUCAUGGGAUUAA